ACUAUUCAAUAUGAACACAGCCUUGGAGCUUUGUUUACAUUUAAAUCACAAUGUGUUUUCUGUGUCCAAUUUCAAUUGAUACAAAGUAAUUAGUCUACCAGCGAAACCGAGUACAUUUAUUAAAUAAUGGAGCCAUUGGAGAGAUUGAAGGUGAAAUUUGAAUGUCAAGUGUUAGAGGACAACAGAACUAACCUGAAUCAAUGCUUUCUAAACUGUAGCAAGAACCAUGAAGACUACAUUCCUGCGCAUUUUUGUGACCAACAUAUUCCUCUAGAAUACCGCGACGAACAUAUGCACAGUUUAAUAAAAUCUGUAGCAGAUAUAACUGUCAGAGUCCGUUGUGUAUAUGUCAGUACAUCGCGCCCAGAAUUUUGGCCACAGGUCAUUGGGUCGGAGGAGCAGUGUCCUUAUCCCUUUUACAAAGUCAGAGGGGAAAAGCUUUCCAGAUUCGGAAGUGGAAGAAUCAACAGAGUUGUGUACUGUCCAGACUCUCCUUGCACGUGCAGUAUAUGCCGUCAAUCAGACACGCCCAAUCUUGGGUCGUACAUAGUUUUUAUAGACACUGCCACACACGUGGUUUUUGAUGAGGAAGAGGCAAAGAAAGCUUCCAUAAGACUGUUCUUUGACAGCUAUCUAAGUCCAAAAGUAAACCUUCAUGUCCUAAGUAUGUGUUACGCCAACGUCGAAAGAGACUGGUGCUUGCUAAAAUGCACAACGUGUGACUCAGAUUUAGGCGACGCGCUAGCCGCUAAGCUGAAACUAUUUGAGAAGACCAGAAAUGACUUCUACUACAUCUAUGCAAAGUCCAGGCAAAAUGACCCUCGGGCUAUUAUUGUAUCUCAUCCUCACGGAGGCCCCAAGCAGAUCAGUUUAGGCCACUGGGAGAACAAACAGCAAGUGGGUGACAACAACAGCUACCACAGAUUCCACUACACUGCAAACACCUGCCCAGGGAGCAGUGGGGCGCCGGUUUACUUGAUGGGGUUUAAAGAGUGGGGUUGGUGGGACGAGCUUCUUCAUAGUGGCGCCUCUUCUAAUGGGCUCAACUUCAGCGGUGCUGGAGUUAUCUAUGUCUAAGUUUGGUCACAAUGUGGACACGAAGUAAUGAUUAGUGCGGUACUAGCAUU